CCUGGAACUUUGUUGCAUCCAGUCUGUAGACCGAUCAUAAUGAUCCUAUGCGCACGCUAACACGGCUAUGUCCCAAUUGUAAUUACAGGUAACCAAUCGGGCUAGCUCCUCUGCAUUGCGUAGUAAAUGCAGGCUCUCUGGAUGCUAAGCAAAGCAUUUCACCAAUAGCGCGAGGAACACAGGUUUUUCGUAUGAUGCACCUAGGACCAUUCGGCCGCUCAGAUUUAGAUUCCAGAUAUGGUACAGCUGAUGGACACAAAGUUGCGCCCUCAGAAGGCAUCCAUGGGCGAUAAAAGGACGCACUGGAUGGUGUAAUCUCACUAUCACAGUCAUGUCUUCCACCACGAUCCCUAUUCACUACUUGCCACGUAAUUCUGCUCCACCAACCAAGGAGAACCACUACGCUCAGCGCGAGCGUCCGCUAUCCUUCCAGCCUCGUUUUCAGGAAGUCGACACUCAUCCCUUCAAUAACUAUGGCUUCCCGGAGCCAGGUAUCCAGGCUCCAAGCGCUCGCCAAGUUGUAGCACAAGAUUUCCUCAUCUCAAACGAGACAUGGGAAGAUCUCCGGAUGGGUGUUCCCGACCUCGACUUCAUCGUGAUAGGUUCAGGUCUGACGGCCCUCGCAUUUAUCGAACAAACAUUGAAAAGAGACCCACGAAAGAAGAUUCUUUGUCUUGAACGAGGAGAUUUUUGGCUCCCCGAUCACUUCCAAAACCUGCCACUCCCAUUCAAAUACACUCUUGGCGGCCCCAGUGAAACAUUCCCUUUUACUUUGUCUAAACAGACUUAUGAGAGCGACAUCAAAUUUGUCCACGGCUCUUGUCCUUUUUUCGGUGGUCGUUCUACCUUCUGGUCUGCCUGGUCUCCAAGCCCGACUGCUGAGCUAAUGCGCAACUGGCCUGACUCUCUUGUUACCACCGCACAGAAUCCAAGGUUCUUCCAAAUUGCGAGUAAACUUUUACGAGUCACGAAGGCCAGUGACAUUGGUCCACCAUAUGGGAAGCUUCAAUCCCAGAUCGACCAGCGUUUGCAACCGGCAGUCGCCGGUGGAGACAUAUUGUCAGCGGAAGAAGUGUAUCCUGCUCCCAUGGCAGUCGCAUCCAUUGCGAAGACAACAACUAUUCAUUUCACCAAAUUCUCUACGCCUGGUCCGCUUCUUUCUCUGUACAAGGAUCAGCAGAGGCAUGUGCAGGCUGGCACCGGCUCUCCACUUCUCUUUGCAACGGAGACUGCUGUGCAAUACCUUGGGGUCGAUGUCGGAUUCCCGCCUCCUGCCAGUAUAGGUGAUGAGGUGUCCGUCAAAUUUCUGCGUACUUCUCGUGGGGAUCUACCUAUAGCAAACAGGACGAAGGUCAUCCUUUGUGCUGGAGCAUUUCCCAACGCGACGCUCGUGCUCAACAGCUUCCGGAACAAUAAGUAUAUAACAGGAUCGGCAGGAAAAACAGUGACAGGCCACUUUUUGACCCAUAUCGUUGCUCGUGUGAAGAGAAGCGCUUUCUACGACCUUAACCAAAAGAGCAUCGAGAUCGGAGCGGAGUACUUGGCUGGGCGCCACCCAACUUCCCAUCUACAGUAUCACGUCCAGAUUACUGCUGUCGCUUCGCCUGAUCCAAAGCAGGAUGCUGAAGAUGCUGCCCGUUUUUGUCCCGAUUUUGCUGGCACAGCCAGUGAAGAGCAACUUCAUGGAUCGGAAGAUUAUGUUGUUUUUGUGUGCGCGACGCUUGGUGAACUCAGUGAGGACAACGCAAAUUCUUUCUUCCGUUUGUCGAACCAGCCCCUGAACGAGGACCCAACAUCCAACUGUGUUUUACAAGUUGUGCUUGACGAGAAGGACUAUGAGCUCUGGGACCAGAUGGACGAAGCGACAGUUGACGCUAUCAGGGCGAUGGCUGGUAAUGAGAAUCAGCAAGUCGAAUGGUGGCAUCAGCCGAAGCCUUGGGACAAGCCUGGCGCUUGGAAGAGAGAGAUUCCUGGCAAAGAGACGAUUAGGAUGGAGGGCAUUGUACACGAAGCGUCGCUGCUGCCCCUUGGGGAUGGCGAUGAAUGCUGCGUCGACAGAAAUUACAGGGUCAAGGGCGUUUCAAAUGUGUACGUCACUGGAUCAGCGAUCUUCCCAACAUCUGGCUCGUGGAAUCCCACCUUGACGAUGUGUGGGUUUGCUCAGGAUCUCGCAAGAAAGUUAACUCGCAGUUCGAAACAUAAGAGAAAUGCAGUCUCUGAGCAGCAUCAAAUUUCGAUUGACCAUCCCCAGAGUGAGUUUGUACGUGAUAGCGAUGUAUGGGCAUCAGACAGCGACGAAGACGACUGAGCGACAAGGAACAAGCUGCAGACAUUAAUUACAGGAUAUCGUUGGAUGUAGGAUUUUGCGACAUGUACAAUAACUGUUCACAGAAGUUACCGUUAUUGCCUCCCCGUGUCAAAAUAUAGUGAUGUUUCAGUGUGCUCAUGCAAUGACGAAACAGGAGU